ACAAUGAAUACAAAUACAGCCAUUGUUGAAAAGACCAUAAAUGUUUGGAUGUACCAAAUGCGAGCCUAAUAAAAAUCGGUGGUUGGAUGUCAAUUUAGAACCAUAUAUAGACCUAAUCCAUUUCUCUUCUCCCUUUAUAUAUACGCAAAAUAUCAAAGCCCUGUGUCUCAUCUCUAAAAUCACUCUUAUAGUUAAGCAUGGGGGUUAACCAGAAGAUAUCCGGUCUCGCAGCCGUUAUGAACGCCAAGAUCAUCGGUUCUGGUGAGAGGUCAAUGGUCUUGGCACACGGAUUUGGAGGCGACCAGUCGGUUUGGGAGAAGAUAAUUCCGGUCUUGUCCCAAUCUUUUAGAAUUUUGGUCUUUGACUGGCCUUUCUCUGGAGCAAUCAAAGACCAAGCUCUUUAUGACCCUUCCAAGUAUAAUUCAUUUGAUGCCUUCUCUGACGAUCUUAUUUCUCUUAUGGAGGAGUUGAAGUUUGGCCCCGUUGUGUUCGUAGGCCAUUCCAUGUCUGGCAUGAUCGGUUGUGCUGCUUCUAUUAAGAGACCCGACUUGUUUACAAAUCUUGUCCUUAUCGCUGCUUCUCCCAGGUACAUAAACAGUGAGGGUUACAAAGGAGGGUUUGAGCCAAAAGACAUUGACGCGAUCAUCUCCAACAUUGCCACCAACUACGAGGCUUGGGCGGUUGCUUUCGCCCCCAUAGUGGUCGACUCAAGAGACUCUCUCUCGGUCCAAUGGUUUGAGAAGUGUCUUAAGAAGAUGAAGCCCGAAACGGCUCUUGCCUUAGCUAGGAUAGUGUUUCGCAGUGACGAGAGAGAGCUUUUGGGCAAAGUAUCACUUCCUUGCCACGUCAUACAGCCUGGAAAUGACGUUAUAGUACCUGUCUCCGUUGCCUAUUUCAUGCAAGAGAAUAUCACAGGGAAAUCCACGGUAGAGAUUAUCGAGAACUCGAUUGGGCAUUUCCCACAAAUGACGUCACAUCUGGAGCUUCUACGAGUCAUGAGACGCCUACUCGAGUUUUGAGGCUUGAAUAUAAUAAACAGCUUUGCAUGCGUCGAUAUUUUUCUUGUCUACAAUAUUCUACUAAGAAGACAAUAAAGUGGGUCCAUAAGUAGUAUUCAUAUAUAUGUUUGUGUAAUGUGAAUGUGUAUUUAACUGGCAGCACAAAGUAAUUUAGUUUACAUUUUAGUUGAAUAAAAAAGACGAUCAGAAUGAAGUGAAAGUGGUAAAGUAAAUUGCUGCAUCACUUUGUUGGGUCAAACUGAAUCGCGGUUCUUUUUAGAGAGUCGGUUUACCUCUAGGGAAAGACACGAAAGAAAUAAUAUUCUUUUACAAAAUCAAUAUACAUGUAUCAUAUAGAAAUCGUAGUUCAAUUAGACUCGAGACAUCCUCAAAUCUUUACACUUCGAAAACAAGGAAUCCCAAAAAAAAAACAUGAAAUCUGUCCUCGUUAGUUUUAGAGGGAGGGUCCAGGUCUACCAUAACCUAAAUGACAUGAAAUGUGUUGUUUAAUUAUUUCCCCCUUAGACCACAAUUAACGGAGUUGCUUAAGGGGGGUGCUUAGUGAAAUUAGGAUUUAAAAAAAAAAAAGAAAAAUGGGCAAAUUAAGAAGAAUCGCUUCUUAAUCAAGGCCAACAAGACCCGGCUCUUGUUGGACACAUGUUCUAUUUUGAGCCCAUCUAUCUCUCAUUCUCGACAAAAUCACACCGCGUCUUUCUCUCUCUCCUUCUCGUGGGCGAAACGGCGACUCUCUCCAUCUCCUCGUCGAAUCCGCCGUUGUUUCUCCAUCUCUCAACGAUCUGUUGCAGGCGUCGGCGUCUCUCUCGGUCUCGGUGGAAACCUCGUCUCCGUCGGUGGACUCAUCAUUUCUCGCGUUUUGAUCGACGACUUUCCUCGACGACUCCGCCUCUGUUUCUUCAUCUCUUCUCGGCGAAGAAUCGCGGCGUCUCUCUCGGUGGCUCGACAGAUCUCCUCGACGGUGGAGAACCUCUAUCUCUCUCUCCACGGCUCACCUCGACGAAUCGAAAGGUAAAGCAGAGUAUUCUUUUUAUGUAUGAAUCUUUGAAUUGAUGCAUGUGUUUGAUUGUGGGCAUUAUUUGUGAUUUUGAUUUUUUUGGUACAUAUGAUUUGUCUCUUGUAUUUGGUUAUGUAUCGUGAGUAAUAAAUCGUUCACCUCUGAUCCAAUUUUAUUUGGUGUUCUUCUUUGUGUGUUGAGAUGGUUCGGAUCAAGAGAGAGUCCCAUCAAUGUUCGUCUAACGGAUCAAGAGACAUCAAGUUCGUAUGAGAUGGUUCAGAAGAAGAGGGUUCGGCUCAAGAGACAUCAAUGCUCAACUUCAAGUUCAAUAUAGGUCAAACAAGUGUGAGAGCAGUGGAAUAAUCACGGAGUGAGAGCAGUGAGAGUGCUUGUCUAUUCACGGGGUGAGAGCAGUGAGAGCAGUAGUGUGUCGUGUACUUGUGUAUUCAUGUGUCUUGUGUAACAAGGAAAGCAGUAAGAUUUGUAUUUUUUGUGUCAUGUGCUGUCUGUAGUCCUUGUGUUGCUUUCUGUUUCUAUUUGAAUUUUUGUGUCACGGACAAGUUGUGUUUGUGUUUUUGUGUUUGUAUUUUUGUGUUUGUAUUAUUGUGUUUGAAUUUUUGUGUCAUGUGUUGUAUCAAGUAUCAUACUUCUCAAACCUCUCAUUUGUAUUUAACAAACUUAUUGUUCUCUCA